CCCGUCCCCGCGGCAAGAACGGCGGCUGGACAAGAAAAAAAAACCAAAAAAAAAAGAGAGAGAAGAAGAACGCAGAGCACCACACCGAUUUCCGCCCAACCUAUCGAUCGAAGCCCCGGGAUUCCAAUCCGGAAGAAAUCCCUCGAGAAAAUCGGAGUAAGCCUCGAUCCUCCUCCCUCCGGAUCCCACAGCGCCGCUCCGGCGCGACGUCGAAACCCUAGUGGGGAUGGCGGAGGUGUCCGCGGCGGCGGCGCCGGUGCCGGAGGGCGUCCUGCACAGGAGGAUAGAGUUCCACCCCGCCAGGAGGCCGCACGCCGCGGUGGCCGUCGGGGGAGGCGGGUUCCAGAUGGAGACCCUCAACCCGGAUGCCGCCGACGGGGCGGCGGCGGCGGCGGGGGGUGCGGCCAGGGGCGAGGCGGAGGCGCGGAGGUCGGAGAAGGCCGAGGCUCUGGGCUUGGAUCCGGAGCUCACCGUCGCCAGGAUCUACCUCGGGAGAAUCGGUGCUGGUCUGCAAAAUCUUGGGAACACUUGCUACCUCAACUCGGUUCUGCAAUGCUUGACGUACACCGAGCCGUUCGCAGCCUACCUGCAGAGUGGAAGGCACAAGUCUUCAUGCCGUACUGCUGGAUUUUGUGCACUGUGUGCUCUUCAGAACCAUGUUAAGACUGCGCUACAGUCAACUGGAAAAAUAGUGACUCCAUCACAAAUUGUGAAGAACUUGCGCUGCAUUUCUCGUAGCUUCCGUAAUUCGAGGCAGGAAGAUGCUCAUGAGUUAAUGGUUAACUUGCUUGAAUCAAUGCAUAAAUGCUGUUUACCUUCUGGAGUACCGAGUGAGUCUGCAAGUGCUUAUGAGAAGAGCUUAGUUCACAGAAUAUUUGGUGGCCGCCUAAGAAGUCAGGUGAAAUGCACAAGGUGCUCGCAUUGUUCCAACACAUUUGAUCCUUUCUUGGAUCUCAGUCUUGAUAUUGGCAAGGCCACAACUUUGGUGAGAGCACUUCAGAAUUUUACCGAGGAUGAACUACUUGAUGGCGGUCAAAAGCAGUAUCAGUGCGAACGCUGCAGGCAGAAAGUUGUAGCAAAGAAAAGGUUCACAAUUGAUAGGGCUCCAAAUGUUUUGACAGUUCAUCUGAAGCGCUUUAGCCCUUUCCGUCCCCGUGAAAAGAUUGACAAAAAAGUGGAUUUUCAACCUGUUCUAGACUUGAAACCAUUUAUGAGUGAUUCUAAAGGCGCAGAUUACAAAUACAGUCUUUAUGGUGUCUUGGUUCAUGCUGGUUGGAGCACUCAAUCUGGUCAUUAUUAUUGCUUUGUCCGGACUUCCAGCGGGAUGUGGCACAAUCUUGAUGAUAAUCAGGUACGCCAAGUUCGUGAGCCAGACGUACUGAAACAGAAAGCCUAUAUGUUAUUUUAUGUACGUGACAGAAUUGGGAACACAUUGGGGUGCAAAGACAACAUCACUCCUAAUCUGCCUGUAAACAAAGUGAUUCCUGGGAAGAUUUCAUCUAUCAAUGGUGCAAUCCGAAGUGGUGUAAUGGAAGCAAAAUCGAGUGGUCUGACAUCUCCUUAUGCAAAUAAGAAGUUGCAGAGUACAAGCAACGCCCAUUCUAGCGUUAGCAAUAUGACUUUAGUAGACCAUUGUUCAACAAAUGAUGGCAAAGCUGAAACUGCUGCAGCCCCUCAAAACAGUGUCCUGCCUGCCGCACAGAAAGCCCUUGGACCUCAAAAUGAUGGUGUUACAUUGUCAACUAAGUCAAAGCAAGUUGCUUCAAGUAAUCAUAAAGAGACAUCUUCAUCAGGUCAACCGGCGAGCAGCAAUCAGACAAUGGCUAAGAUGUCAUUGCAGGAACCAAAGGCUGGUGGUGCAUUUGCCAAGCUGGGAAACAAUACUUCUAUUGUCUCAUCUAUGGUCAGUGGUCCUGCUGGACUGUCAGAGACAGAUAAACAAACUUCUUGCGCUCAAACAUGUUCCAAGCCAAGCUUGAACUUGGUUGGCACGAUUACCGGGUUUACCACACAAACUUUCCAAACUAAGGAUGCUGUUGUUUCAAAUGGUGUGAUCCCUAGCACCAGCGGUGGAGGUCCAGUUUCCAGUGAGAAAAUGAAGGACUUAACAGGAUCUCUCAAGCAAGAUGACCGCACGGUGAAGGCUUUGACGAUGAGCAAGGAGAAAACCCUACUACCAGGACUUGAGCAAGUUGAUGUCGGAAAACAGAUCUCCUCGCAAGUUUCCACAAAGGUGGUUCCAGGCGAUUCAUGUAAUGGCAGAAUGACUAAAAGGGUGGACUCGAAGUCAAAGAAACUUGUGAGAUAUCCAGUAAUUAAGUUGUGGCUUCGGCCAAGACAAUUGCCACUAAAGCAACAAAAGAAGAAGCAUAAGAGAACCAAAAAGCACGCUAUAGUCAAGGACACGGCCAGUGUUGAUUGUUCUGGUGACAACAGCAGUGAGCAGCAGACAUCAACAUCAGCAACUGUGCCGCCCAAAACUGCAGAAUGUACAUCUCGUAAGCGGAAACAUUCCCAUGCUAGUGUAAGUUCUGAAAAUGACACCAAAGCAUUCAAAGAUAGCCAGCAGGUUGUUGGAGCAAGUAGUGCUGGUGCUGGUGAUCAUAACAUGGACACCAGGAACAGUAAGAGUGGAACUUCUGCUAGCACAGGGCUUCCAAAGUUGGGCUCAAGCUCUUCUGCAAAUCAAGCACAUUCAAGAAACAACGUAGAUGCAAAGAGGCAAGUCGUUAUUCACACAGAGGACUUGAGGGCGGAAGUUACUGUUCCAUGCUGGGAUGAUGUUGCCGUGCCAAACACCGAGACUAUAGAGUACAGAAGUUCAGGGAAGAAGAGCAUUGGAUAUGUGCUGGAUGAGUGGGAUGAGGAGUACGACCGUGGAAAGGCAAAGAAGGUCAGAAAAGCGAAGGAAGACGAGGACGACGACGGCACGAACCCCUUCCAGGCUGAGGCAAACCACGUAUCAGCGCGAAAGGAGAAACAAAGACCUUGGAGCAAGCCGGCCAGACCACGUCGCUAGGCGAGCUGAAGAGACGCCGCCCCAAGAAGACUCGGUAGAAAGAAAAGAAAGAAAAUGUUGUAUCGCCCGUUUUUCCAGGACGCCUUCCUUUCUUGCCUUGUUUGUUCCCUUUUCCGCCUUGUUGUUCGACUCGACGUCUCAAGUAGAACCGCACUCUUUGAUCGAUCAGGACCUGCAUUUAAUUGUGAGAGAUUCUUUGUAGCGUAGUAGCCGUGGGACAUGCCGCCGUUUUUGUCGCAGCAUUUUUUUGGUUCUUGUUACUCCAGCAGCACAGCUAUGGAUUAUCAUGAAUAAUAUGGGUUAGCCAUCCUUUCUGCA